GAGGCCCAUAAUUCUCCACGGAAUACUAUAAAAUCGCCUUCCUGGUAGUCUGGAUCCGCAAAACGGACACCAAAGAACGGUUUGCAAAGGAAUUAACUGCACUUAUUAGACCAAAAAGGAAAAAAAAAACGUUCGUGAAAAAACAAAAGAAGGGCCAAAAAGCAAGUAGUAAAUAUACGAGUAUUUUUUUUCUUUCUCUCUCUCUCUCUCUCUCUCAAAACAUUAUAGUUGUGCAGAGCUCCGCGGGCAUGUUGUAACUGACAAAAUGACAAAGUAAAACAAAAUCGCAUUCCUCAACUAAGCCAUUAGCUGUAUUCAGAUGCGUUCAGGCCAAGAGACUAGCGUUUCACCUUCUUGGCUUUCGAGUAAUGUGUCGUUUGCAGAGAGGUGAAGAUAGUUUUGUUUCGGAAAAGACAUCAUUCUUUCUUUAGCAAACGCGUCAAAAGCCAAAUUAAAGGGGAAAACGAAAUAUAAAAACGUAAAAAAACCCACAUUGGGUUUCGGUGUGAGGCUACUAGUGGUUUCAAUUUUAAUCCUUGAGCAAAUAAAGGUGUGAACAGAAUUUACUGACAGACAAACAGGGAAGGAGAAAAAGUGAGAGGGAGAGAGAGGCUGCUCGUCUGUACCUGAGAUUUGCAAAUCUUCCAACGUUGGGCCGAACAAGAAGCAGGUGGGACAUUUUCCAGACAGACAGUGACCUUCCCAGCUCUUCGUCGUCCGAGCAACAGGUGUGGAAAGCGGUCAAUGCAGUGGUCAAGCUGCUGCUCAUGGGACUCUUCUUCUGUCUCGUACUGGGCACAAGCGUCCUCUCCAAACUCACCCUACUGGCCAUGACCUACAGAAUCAACCCAACUGGAAAAGCAACAAUGUUUCCCCCAACUGAACCAGGAGGCAACGAUACGAUCAUUGUUAAGCCAGAAACGUCUGAAGUGGACGUGACGUGGAUAUGGGCCAUCUUGAUGACCAUCACGGCACCGUACAUCUUCUCUUUCCUGGCCGCUACGCUCCAGCUUUGCUUCAAGCGAAACCCACCCCUCGCUUGUGUCCCAUUGAUUGUGAACCUGUGCAUAGAGACAAUCCACUCCGUGGCUCUACUCAUCUUUGUGUACAUCGUCCUGCCAACCUUUGACCCCGUACUUGCUUCGCUGCUCAUGCUGACUGUGUGCUCCGCCCCCGCCAUGCUACGCGUCAUCGAAGACGUGGCGUCUCUUCGGAACAAACCCGUGCCAGGACGUGACAACUACCAGGAGAAAGGAAAACUCCGGCGUAUUCUCAAAUGGCUCAUGGACAUUCUAGGUCUGGGUACCCAAGUGAUGGUUCUGGUUUUGUUCACUAUCAGAAUUCACAAGUACUACGAUUCUAUUGGUGUGACGGUCGCGUUCCCAUUGUGUGCAGUUCUCAUAUCGGUUAACUGGUGGCCGAAUUUUGUUCGCAGAUUUCCUGGGCUGCACAGAAUUCGAAUCAAGAUCAAAGAGGGACAGGUAAAAAUCAACUUCCUCACCUACUUGUGGAAGAUCAUCGUGACCUUCGCCGGGGUCAUCGUUCUGUUCGGGACAGGGGGCGGUGAAUGCGCAGACACUCUGUUCUUCCUAGCCCAAAACGCCUCUGGUUGUAGUGUCAUCAGCGACUUGACACUAGUGGACUCCACCUACCUCCCGGACAGCCUGACACCCUGCGGAACAUACGAGGCCUUCUACUUCGCCCUCGCCAGCAUUAUAUCAAGCAUUGUCUGCUACAACAUAGGUGUCGCUGCGUGCCAGGUGCGCGCGCAGGUCCCGUGCUUCGCACUUCCGCUUGUGCUGUCGACGCCAGUUACUUUCGCUUUCCUGAUGCUAUCUUACUCCACUGAGAAUACGAACAAUGACAUAUUCGGCUGUCAGUUCCCGUGGGUUCCACCAAUCGACGACAUGAGUGCCUUUCUUAAAGUGUACAACGAAGAGUUUUGGUUGGCUCUCGGCUUCGUAGUUAUAGCGUCCUAUCUACUGAUUGGCCGACACAUCUGGCGCUUUCAGAUGCGGAGAAUGGCGCGGACACACAGACUAUUCGUGAAGCCGUUGUACUGUGGGGCAUUGCUGGAGCCGUCUCUGGUGUUUCACAGGGCCAGAGAUAGAGUACCUGAGGAGGAGAAGAUUAUCCAAGCACCAUGGGCCAACGUAGAGCACCUCAAAGACGAUGACACGAUGUUUGACCUCUCGGACACUUCCCGCAUCCGCACGGAUCACACGCCGUUUGUGUACAUCUGCGCUACUAUGUGGCACGAGACUGAGUUUGAGAUGAUACAGAUGAUCAGAUCCAUUGUCAGACUGGAUGCCGACCAGAGCGCCAGGAGAAUUGCUACCAAAGCUUUUGAGGCCAACACCGACUACUAUGAGUUUGAAGCUCAUAUCUUCUUCGACGAUGCUUUUGAGGCGCACACUGAAGAGGAGAAGAAUUAUGAUGUUAACGACUUUGUCAAGAUGCUGGUGAGACUGGUGCCAGAUGCUACUGACAUGGAGCAUUGUGCCGAGAUGGUGAUGCCAAUGCCGACCAUGAUUCAAACCCCGUACGGCGGUCGGCUCACCUGGAAACUGCCUGGCGGGAACUGUUUGGUGGCUCAUCUCAAGGACAAGGCCCAGAUACGUCACAGGAAGAGAUGGAGUCAGGUGAUGUACAUGUACUACUUCCUGGCCCAUCGCCUCAUGUCGGAGGCGAUCAGCGAUACCCGGAAGAUGAUCCGUGCCCAGAACACCUUCCUCCUGGCCCUCGACGGUGACGUGGACUUCCAGCCUGACGCACUGUUACUGCUCAUUGACAGACUCAAACUUAAUCCUUCCGUGGGAGCUGCGUGCGGCAGGAUUCACCCUAUCGGGUCCGGUCCAAUGGUCUGGUACCAGAAGUUCGAGUACGCCAUCAGCCAUUGGCUGCAAAAGGCCACGGAGCACGUACUAGGCUGUGUUCUCUGCAGUCCCGGAUGUUUCUCUCUCUUCAGGGGAUCAGCCAUCAUGGAUGACAACGUCAUGCGGAAGUACGCCACGCCCCCGUCUGAAGCGCGCCAUUAUGUACAGUAUGAUCAGGGUGAGGACCGCUGGCUAUGUACUCUCCUCCUACAACAAGGCUACCGCGUUGAAUAUUGUGCCGCCUCUGACUCGUUCACAUACGCCCCUGAAGGGUUCUUCGAGUUCUACAACCAACGCCGUCGCUGGGUACCCUCAACAAUGGCCAACGUUCUUGAUCUUCUGGAGAGCUGGCGUAAGGUGACAAGAAAGAACGAAGACAUUUCUCUGCUCUAUAUCGCCUACCAGACUGGCAUGAUGGCCUCGUCCAUCCUGACACCAGGGACAAUCUUCAUGCUUAUUGUUGGAGCUAUUACUACGGCAUAUCCAGAAAUCCCGCUGUUUGGCAGUCUCAUUCUGAACCUGAUCCCAGUUAUCAUAUUUGUUGCCCUCGUCUUUAUGGCCCAAAGUAAUACACAGCUCACGUUCGCAGCAAUAGUGUCAAUCAUCUACUCGCUUCUCAUGAUGAUAGUUCUGGCGGGGCUGGUCAAGCAGAUGGCCGAUUACGGAUUCUGCUCUGUGACCACCAUCUUCAUGGUCACUGUCAUCGGCAUUUUUGCUUCGGCAGCGUUGCUACAUCCGCAGGAAUUUGUCUGCAUCCUGCAUGGCCCGCUGUACUUCGUGUCUGUGCCGAGUAUGUCUGUCUUGCUCAUCAUCUACUCUCUGGGCAAUCUGCACGUGGUCUCCUGGGGUACCAGAGAAGCUGCCAAACCUCCCCCACCCCCGGGCCAGCGGCCUCCGGAAAAGAAACAGGGCACCCUUAAGAAAUGGAUGACCAAACUGUCUGGGGGAAUUGACGUAGAGGAAGGCGUGAGAAGUCUUGGAAGCAUUUUCAGCUGUGUGUGCUGCUCCACGACCGUUGCUGCUCAGCCUGUCACUCCCGCCAACUCACUCGCCCAACAUAUUAUACAGGAACCAGAAGCUCCCGGAGCAAGCGCUGAUGGGAACUCAACUCAAGACCACGCCCCUGAGCCCGUGCGGCGUCCUCAUUGGUUGGAGACUGUGGAGGCCGUGAGAGCCCCGGAGCUACCAGAAAAAGAGACAGCGUUUUGGAAAGAGCUCAUUGGUCAAUACCUGUAUCCUAUGGAGAAAGAUGAACAGCACGAGAAAAAGGUGAAGGAAGAUCUGCUGGAACUUCGUAACAAGACGUGUCUUGCAUUCUUCCUGAUCAACAGUUUCUUUGUCGCUCUUGUGUUGAUGCUGCAGCAAGUUGCUCAGGAAACACCCAACCUUUCCAUUGAGAUCGACUGUCACAUAGAUGUGAGGACCGCUGGCUAUGUACUCUCCUCCUACAACAAGGCUACCGCGUUGAAUAUUGUGCCGCCUCUGACUCGUUCACAUACGCCCCUGAAGGGUUCUUCGAGUUCUACAACCAACGCCGUCGCUGGGUACCCUCAACAAUGGCCAACGUUCUUGGUUCCACCUUUUAAAGAACUCUGUGAGUGA